AUGUCAGUAGUAGCAGGAAGAGGUAAAGGAGGAAAAGGACUUGGAAAAGGAUCAGCAAAAAGACACAGAAAAACAACACAGCAGACAAUGGGCAUCUCUAAGCCAGCAAUAAGAAGACUAGCAAGAAGAGGAGGAGUAAAGAGAGUCAGUGCAGGUGUAUACAGCGAAAUAAACAACAUGGCCAAGACUUACUUAGAAGGAAUCAUCAGAUGUGCAGUCACCUACUGCAACCACGGGAAGAGAAAGACCGUCUCUUGCCAGGAUGUUCUCUACUCAUUAAAGAAGCAGGGAGUCACUCUCAUUGGAUUUGGAUCCACCCGAUAGUUAAAAUAAAGUAAC